GAGGUGCUGCGGCUCGACCGGCGCGGUCCAAAGGCGAAGGAGAAACAGCAAAGCGCAGCCAGGGAGCCGGGGGGGCAGCGGGGGUGUUGGGCCGACCGCGUGCGACGGGCUCGGCCGCGCUGGUUGAGCCCCGGGGCAGCCCUGGUGGCGGAGCCGCGGCCGUCGCACAAUCGCGGAUGGGGAGGAAGAGGCUGGGGCGGGUGGAUCGGUCUCCUCGGUGGGGUGACUCGGAACACCUCUUGUUGAGCCCCCCAAGUGUCUGCACUUGGUUGUUCCAGCCCGUUCUGGCGGCAGCUGCAGACUCUCAACUUGCCGUUUUCGGCGGAAUUUCAGCUCUAUCUCCUGUUCUUCCUCUCCUGAUGGCCCUUGGGGCACCACCCUCUGCUUACCCCCAUUUCCAGCAGCUGGGAGAGCCCCGGGGGGGCCUUUUCUCUGCUGUUGCCCCCCAGCACAGCCGGUGCACACACAUGGGGUGGGCUCUGUCACCGCAAACUGUUCUCAGCCGUUGCAUCGUGUUGCCUCCGUUUCCAGAUGCAGCUGCGUUCCAGGGACAAGGGAGGACCCUCAUCUAAACCAGGGCUUGUUGCUUAGGGAUUAUUAUUAUAGCUUAGGAGAAAAGGGACAGAGGUAGAAGAGAGGACCCAUAAAGGGAUGUCUGAGGUUUGGAGUAGCAGAGGUUUGGGUGAAAAAGGCCAAUGCGGGAGUUACGGCUCAUGCGCAGGGUCUGUUUUGGGGUGUCAACCCCGCACUUGUUGGCACUGACUGUGCUGCUGCUUCUCCAUCAAGGCCGAUAUGUGAGCUGGGUGUGUACCCCGUGGCUCCGAAAUGCUGCUCUAAUAAAGAAAUACAUUUCCUUCCCAAUCUCGGAGCUGUUGGGUGUUCCUUGCUUUUGGGAGGUGCUUUAAAUGUGAGUGCCAGAGCCGUGGGCUGCGAGAGCAGCAGCUGCGGCGCGAUGCUGAGCUCGGGGCUCCCUCCCGUCCUCCUGUUCCUCACAGGGCUGGAGCUGAGCUGCUCCCUGAGCGACGAAGAAAGGAAGAUCAUCCUGGAUGGGCACAAUAAAUACCGCUCCCAGGUCUCUCCUCCUGCCAUGGACAUGCUCAAGAUGAGCUGGGAUGCAGAGCUGGAGGCCUUUGCUCAAGCCUACGCAGAGAAGUGCAUCUGGGACCACAACAAGGAGCGGGGCCGGCGGGGGGAGAACCUCUUCGCCAUGGCCCCAGUCCUGGACCUAGAAUUCGCUGUGGAAGACUGGAACGCAGAGGAGAAAUACUACAACUUGACAACUUCCACGUGUGUCCCCGGGCAGAUGUGUGGCCACUACACGCAGGUGGUCUGGGCAAGCACGCACCAGAUUGGCUGUGGGGCAAAGUUUUGUGAGAAGAUCGAAGGAAUCGACACGGAGGACAUGUACCUGCUUGUCUGCAACUAUUACCCACCGGGCAACAUGAAAGGCCGAAAGCCCUACAGGGAAGGACCCUCAUGCUCACAGUGUCCCGAGGGCAGAGUCUGUGUCGACUCCUUGUGCGAACCCAUUGUAGAAGAGACCACUCCAGCCCCUGUGACAACAAAGGCAAGGCCAUCCACCCCACCCACAGCCCAACCAGAGCCCACAGCCACAGCCCAACCAGAACCCACCACACCAGUGCCCACCACAGCCAAACCGGUGCCCACCACAGCCAAACCAGUGCCCACCACAACUAAACCAGUGCUCACCACAGCCCAACCAGUGCUCACCACAGCCCAAACAGAACCCACCACACCAAUGCCCACCACAGCCAAACCGGUGCCCACCACAGCCAAACCAGUGCCCACCACAACUAAACCAGUGCCCACCACAGCCCAAACAGAACCCACCACACCAGUGCCCACCACAGCCAAACCAGUGCCCACCACAGCUAAACCAGUGCCCACCACAGCCAAACCAGUGCUCACCACACCAGUGCCCACCACAGCCAAACCAGUGCCCACCACAGCCCAAACAGAACCCACCACACCAGUGCCCACCACAGCCAAACCAGUGCCCACCACAACUAAACCAGUGCCCACCACAGCCCAAACAGAACCCACCACACCAGUGCCCACCACAGCCAAACCAGUGCCCACCACAGCUAAACCAGUGCCCACCACAGCCAAACCAGUGCCCACCACACCAGUGCCCACCACAGCCAAACCAGUGCCCACCACAACUAAACCAGUGCUCACCACAGCCCAACCAGUGCUCACCACAGCCCAAACAGAACCCACCACACCAGUGCCCACCACAGCCAAACCGGUGCCCACCACAGCUAAACCAGUGCCCACCACAGCCCAAACAGAACCCACCACACCAGUGCCCACCACAGCCAAACCAGUGCUCACCACAGCCAAAACAGAACCCACCACACCAGUACCCACCACAGCCAAACCAGAACCCACCACACCAGUACCCACCACAACCAAGCCAAGGCCCACACCCACACUUCCAAGCACAGCCAAGCCACCACCCAAAACCACACUUCCAAGCACAACCACAGCCAAGCCAUCAACCACAACCACACUCCCAACCACAGCCAAGCCAAAACCCACCACACUAGCACCCAUCACAACCACAGCCACUCCAAAACCUGCCACAGCGCUCCCGACAACAAUCCCAGCCAAGCUAAAACCCACACCAGCGGCCACCACAGCCAUGGUCAAACCAAAACCCAGCACGCCAGCACCCACUACCGCUACUGCCAAGCCAAAGCCCACCGUGCUAACAACCACCACGCCAAAACCCACCACAACCACCACUACCAUUAAGCCAACACCUACCACACCAAAAACCACCACAACUACUGCCAAGCCAGCACCCACGACACCAAAACCCACCACAACAGCCAAGCCAGCACCCACCACACCAAAACCCACCACAACAGCCAAGCCAGCACCCACCACACCAAAACCCACCACAACUACAGCCAAGCAAACACCUACCACAACCAUGGCUAAGCCAAAACCUGCCACAGCUACAGCCAAACCAACACCCACCACACCAUCUACCACCACUACAGCCAAGCCAACACCUGCUGCUACAACAUCAGCAAUGACAAAACCCACCACUACAACCCCAGCCCCUACCACAGCAGCAAAGACGCCGCCGAAACUGGCCACAACCACAAAGCCAGAACCCACCGAACCAGAAACACCAAAUCCUACCGAGGCAACUGGGCUAACUCUUUCCAUUGAGCCUGCGUUAGAUCUGGAUUAUAAAGUAUCUCCAGAGGCAGACACUGGAGAGCCCGUUAGCCCCUUAACCACAGAGGAUCCAGCCUUAUUAGACAGCAUGGGCACAGCCUUCAGCCCCAAAUCAGUCCCAGAAACAAACAGAGGUGUCAAAGAGGACUGGAAAGAGGGAUCAGCCUUCUCCAGUCCACCUCCACCCCUCAGCCAAAGCGUUCCAGACAUCAAGUUAACUUUCAAUAAAGCUGAGCUCAUAACCCCCUCAAAGUCAGUGGUCUUCAGCCCUGAGGAGCCCACCUUCUUGCGCUUAACGUCAUCUGCCAAAGAGAAAAAGGGGCAGAGCCCUUUCCAGACCUCCCUCUCAGCAGGUGCCUUGGAUGCUGAAGAACCAGAGACAAACUCAGACCAGACAAGCGUGGAUCAACCCACAGCUGGAGCCCCUGGUACCUGCUUGGGGCUUUCGCUCUUCCUCCUACCCAGCGUCAUCCUGGUGGGCCUUCUGCUUUGAAUGGUCUUUCUCAGCUGUCCCUGCACCAGUCAGCAAGGCUUUCUUCAGCACUGGUUGUUCCACAACCCUGGUAGGCUUGGGAGACACCACAGACAACCCAGGUUGACGCGUUCUCUUCUUACGCUGCCUUAUCUGCUCCAGCCCCGACGAGCCAAGGGCAGCUGGUGGUCCCAUGAGAACCUGGUCCCCUUCCUGAGGAGACCCAAGGGCAGGAGGGUGUUUGCCAUGACGCUGGUGACCUUGGACGCUUCUCCUUUCUUCCCAGCCAGCCUGGGCCUCUGGUCCGUUUCCCGGCUGGAGGUGAUGAGCUGUCCCACCGGCCCGUGUGGCUGGCCGGCCCCGCCACACCGCGUCCCCGGGGGAAGCACAACGACUUGGAAACGACGAGACGUGGUCACGGGUUUUGGUGUUUGUCGGUAGAUGAGACGUGGUGGUGGUGGUUGGGUUUGGUGGUUGUCAGGAGGAGUUUCCAACAAAACUGCUUUUUUCCUCUCCUGAUGUGUCUGUUUGUCUCAAUUUUGGAGAAAUUUCACCUCUUGCGGCUUUUCGACGGGCUCCAUUCUGCUCCUCUCAUCUCUGCAGCUCUUCCCUCUCUCCUGCUCCCUGCCCCACGUCCCUGUUCCCCAGUUAAGCCAUUGCCACAACUUCAUUUUACGCGUGUGCCUGCAGCCGUGUGCAAGCACAGAAGAAAAACCUUCGGCUUUCUUCUGCAUGGCUUCCUUCUUUGCGUAACUUAAGUGUAUUUGAGUUUAGAUACAGAUCCCAGUUGACAUAUAUUUUGCGUGUGGCGGAGCCUGGGCCAGGAGAAACAAGUCAUCGUGUGCGCUGGUACAAUUUGAGCUCGAGAGAGCCAAGUGGAUGAUGUUAGAGGGUACCGGUGGUUCCAGGACUUGUUGCAGGACCACUUUUGUUGCCUGGGACACUCUGUUUUAUUCCCCCAGGUCUUUUCUCCCUUCACCUGAGGAUUCCCAGUCAGGUGUGUUAAAUAUGUGACGAGCUUUGCAGACCGGUGGAAAGGAGGCACAGUCUCUUUCCUGGUUGUCGCAUCCUUUGGUUUCUUUAAUAGAAGAGGUGGAGAAUGACCAGGAGGCCAAUUUCUGUGUCAUCCCCCGUGAUGCUGUGUCCUGUGCAUCCCCAGAGCAUGCACUGAAUAAAUCCUGUUGUAAAAGGC